CAAUAACAAACGCGUGCAGAGGAGGCGGCUACUUGCGUCUUCUUCUUCUUCCUCUCGCUUGAGGAUAAUUCUGAGACUCUAGCAAUAAAUAAGACAGGUUCCCUUUCAAGAUGGAGGGUGAAGCUAGUAAAGAGGCUUCAUUAAUGGGAAGAAAUCUGUCGGAAGUCCCCUGUUUUCGUGAGACUUUCCUCUACAGCAUUACCUCAGGACUUGGCUCAGGGCUUGUGAACUUUAUGCUGACGUCAAGAGUUCAGCGGUCGGUACAAGUAGGACUCGGAGUGUAUACAUGUAUGACCCUUGGUUACUGGUCUUAUUGCCGAUAUAAUUAUUCACAGCAGAAAUUCAGCAUGGGGCAACUGCAGGUGGCAAUGCAAAAGCAAGCCUUGCUGGAAGGUACAGAAGUGGAAAAGAAAAUCAAAGGUUGAUUAAAACUUUAUUGUGAAAUAAAUGAUAUUCUCUUUUUGUCAGUGUAAAUAAUGUAAAUAUUUUUUUUAUGCCCUGCAUUUACAUUUUAACUUAAAAAUACUGUAAUGUCAUCUCUCCAUUACAUUAUGAUGAACUGUAAUUUAUUGCUGGAUUUGAGGUAUCUGAGAAAGUUAUAUGUUCGUUUUACUUACUGGCUGUAAAGAGAGGAUUUUGCAAGAGCAUGAAUAGCCAUUGAUGUUUUCCAUAUACAGUCACUUGUAAUAGAUACUUAGGUAUUGGGAUAUAUUAGAGUAUGAAUAAGUUUAGAAUUUUUUUGGAAAGUUUAAAGAAAAUUCUUGUAACCAUAUGAUUUUAGAUUUUUUCUAAAUAUUGUGAUGGAUAAGUUUGAGAAUUUUACUUUAUGAAAAUCUAUUUAUUUAUUUGUGUUUGUUUUAUAUAAUUAAAUGCUUUUGGAGAGUUACGAAUAAAAGAAAUCUUACAA